AUGGAGGCAGAAGAUGCCAGAAGUUCCAUUCAGGUGAAAGAGCCAAACCGUAUCACCGUUGACACAGGAAGGGGUCACCCGCCCCAGAGCCUGGAUUUUGAUGCUGUUUGGGAUGAAAGUGCCACUCAGAAGGAUGUCUAUGAAUCCACAGCCAAGCUUCUGGUGGAGUCCCUUCUGAAGGGCUACAAUGGCUGUGUCAUCACCUACGGUUCACCUGGCAGUGGGAAGAGCUACACCUUGCUGGGUGGAAGCCUGACUGGCAGGCAGAGGGGCAUCCUCAGUAGAGCUGCGGAGGACAUUUUCAGCUCACCAGAGGCACUGACCUGCAAGAUCAGAGUCUCCUUUAUUCAUGUGUCCAACGAGAAGAUUUAUGAUCUUCUGGAGAGCCAGCCGGCGGAGGUGUGUCGGAUACACGAGGGGGAGGAGGUGGCAUUUGUGGAGGGACUGAAGGAGGUGGAGGUGAGCUCCUCCCAGGCUCUGCUGCAACUCUACAGACGUGGGGCAGCAAACAGGCACACAGGGGUGUCGAAGGGCGAGUUCGCCAGCAGAAGCCACGCCAUUUUCACCAUCACUGCCAUCAGCAUGAGCCCGCAGGAGCACAGCGCCCAGGGGGGACUAGCGACCAUCAGCAAGCUCACUCUGGUGGACCUGGCCAGCUCAGGGAAGGCUCUCCCUCGGAGUGGUGCUCUCAUGGACGGGAGGAGAUCUUUCCAGAUAGUCCAGGAAAACGCCCAAGAAGCCAAGAUGCUCAAGAGGUCCCUCACAAUAUUUGGAAACGUGGUUUUCGCCCUCAGCACUGCAGGCUGUCAGCAUGUGCCCUACAGGGAGUCCAAGCUCACCAGGGUUCUGAGAGAGUGCCUGGGGGGAAACUGCCGCACCUCUCUGGUGGUGACCGUGUCGUCCAGCCCGUCCUCCAUCACAGAGACGCUCAGCAGCCUUCAGUUCGCCUGCCGCGCCAUGUCCGUCCCCGCCCGCGCGGUCCACCGCGUGCAGAUGCAGAGUGUGAAUUUAGCCGAGAAACCCCGAUCGAGCCCCAGCCGGCGGCCAUCACACCAGCCGGGCACCUCUGGCACCAGGGUUCCUCCCCUCCAGACCCAGACUUGCCUGCCGCCCAUCGUCUCCAGCCCGCCGCACCGCUCUGGAUGCGGGCUGAGGCGAGUGGAGGAAGGGGAGCAGAAGGCCUUCCUGCCCCAGCUGGGGUUGGCCGAGGGGGGGCCCCAGGCGAACCGGUCUGCGAGGGGGGUUAGGCCGGUGGAGGAGAGGGGACCUGGCGCCCGCUCUCUCUCCAGCAGCCUGGUGGGGUUCCAGCCCCACGAGAGGAACCCCAGGCCCGAGGUCCACCCCUCCCCCCGCGCCUCUGUGGACAAGCUCCCCCCCUCCCUCCCCCUGCCCGCCCCCGCUGCCGUGGCCGGGGGGGCUGUGGAGUGCCCAAACUGCAAGCGGGAGAGGAAGAUCAGGGAGGAGUAUGACAAGUUCAUCGUCCAGGCCCGCAGAGAGAGGGACGUCCUGACCCAGAGGGUGGAGGAGCUGGAGGCUCAGCUCCUAAAGAGGGGGAGUGAGGAGAGAGAGGGGAACGCUGACCCCGUCCCAAAUACACCGAGAACCAGAGGAGCAGAGAGGUCGGCUGCAUCUAUGGGCGAGGGUACAGAUGACGUCACAGGCACGAGGCAAGGAGAGGAGAAGCCAAAGAGGGCACUGAGUGGCAUGCUCCCUCGAGCUGACAUCAUCCCCCAAGCUGACAUAAUCACCCGAGCUGACCACACCCCCAGAGCUGACGUCAUCACCCGAGUUGACAUCAUCCCCCGAGAUGAUAUAAUCACCCGAGCUGACCACACCCCCAGAGUUGACAUCUUCCUUCAAGCGGAUGUCAUCCCCGUAGAAAACGACAGCAAUCAGAACAGACAGCAAACAGACAGCUUGCGGAGAGAGACGGCGGAGCUGAGGGCGCAGCUGGAGGAGUGCAGGAGCACCCACACCGCGCGUCGGGACAGAGGAAGGACAGCCCUGCACCAGGAGGAGCUGGAGAGACGAGGGGAAGCGUUCCAGCAGCAGAUCCAAUCCCUGCAGAGCCAGAAGGAGAGCCUGGUGUUGGAGCUGCAGCGCACCAAAGCAGAGCACAGCAGGCUGACAGAGAGUUUUGCUCUUACCCUCAAUGACCUGCAAAAGCAGAAGGAUAAAUUGUUAUCACAAGUAGAGGAAACAAAAAUGCUUUAUGAAAAGGUUAGGUCAGAGAAUGGAGGUCUGAGGGAGCAGGUGGAGGCUCUGUUGAGAGAGUGCAGCUCCAGGCCCUGCCCUGAUCUCCGCGGUAACCCUGGGCCUCCUCACGUCCACACGGUCACCACCAACACGGAGAUGCUGGUCGUCUCACACCAAGUGUCCCAGCAGUGCGCCUCAGGCAGGGACACCUCCGUGGCUAACACAGCACUGCUGCUGACUGCUGAAUACAUUACCUUGAUUUCUUUUCUGAUGUUUUUAGAGGGCCAAUGUUGCUUCAACAGCUGUAACGGAUUCCAGAGUUCUGCGUUUCCAGGGAAACCCACCGAGCCUUCCACCAUGAACGAUUAUGAUGACAACCUGCUUAAAACUAAAGACACAUUCAAACAGCUGAGGAGGGAGCACAGCCUGUUGCUGGAUGUCAUGCUGGUUCUUUAUAAGCGGGGCUGGUUCGCUGAUGACGCCGUUCCGUACGUCCAGAGGACUCUGAGAAAAUGCGGACUCAGACUGAAUGAUGUGGACUGA